UCAUACCUUGUCACGCAUGAACGGCGAAACAGGUUCCUAGCAGUCAUCAGGACAUAUAUUUAACCCAUUCGUUCCUAUGUAAUUUCUUCCACCUGCCUACAUUUAUCUGACAAGCUUGUUAAACCAUCGACAGUUCACAAUCUCGAUACAUCUAUUCAUCUUGAUAAGCUACAUGAAUGGCUAUUGAAGAGGUCUGCCGCAUAUUCCGAGAGCACCUGCGGGAAAGCGUCCCGCAUCGACUAAUCGCGAUAUCAAAGAUGGAAGUCGUAGAACAACCAUGGGUAGAAGAGCUAUACAUGCCAUCUAUCAAGGCCGUGACGGAGAGAGAUAUAGAACAACACACAUUCUACCCGAAUCAGAGAAGGGACGAAGCGAUCCGAAAUAUCGUGAAAGGCAUAGUCAAAUACGCCGUUCUGUCUCACAGAUGGUGCCGCGAAGGAGAGGUGACGCUGCAGGAGAUGACAUCAGGUGGCACAAAGCUCGGGAAGCUCUCGAGCCGUCACAAAUUGGCAAACUUCUGUCAGAGGGCAGCAGAGUACGGUUGUGGCUUCGCCUGGGCAGACACGUGCUGUAUUGAUAGGUCCAAUCCCCCUCCAGAAGAGCUCGAUAAAGCCAUACCUCGGAUGUUCAGGUGGUAUCGCAAUGCGCAUGUCUGCAUUGUCCACCUUGCGGAAUCAUCCACAUUGGACGACUUCCUGCGCGACUCUUGGUUUUUACAAAUUUGGACUUUGCAAGAACUUCUCGCCCCAGUCAGAGUCAAAUUUUAUGGACGAACAUGGAGCCCGAUCCACAAUAUACGAGCCGACAACGACAAAGCUGACCAGAAGUUGUUAGCCGCGCUUUUCACUGGCACUGGAAUUCCGGUGCAAGACAUCCGAUGUUAUUGGGCAGGAACGGAAAGAGUGCGCGAGAAGCUCAUGUGGGCAUCUCGCCGGACUUCACGACAAGUAGAGGAUAGCGCUUACUCACUGCUGGCACUUUUCGACUGUGCAUAUGCACGUCGAGUAUGGAAUAGGAGACGAAGCAUUUGGUAGAUUGAUGGAAGUGCUCCUGUCCGAGAAGCCAGGAGUGCGAUAUACUUGCCUGGGCUGGCAUAGCAUCCACCAGAUACAUGUUCUUGCCACCGUCAGCACAGGGAUAUAGCGC